AAGGUAGUCGGUAAUAUCAAUGCUCUUCAAUUAUCUCCGGAUCUACUUGACAGUAUAUCUGUAGUCCUUCUAUAGAUUCCGUCGAUGUAUGUGAAUAUAUAUAAUCGUGGAGGAUAAGAUAAAACUGGCGACUCAUUUUUUAUUUUUAUCUCAGUCUAUGAUUGAUUAUUCAUGUUAAUUUAAAUAUUACGUUUAGAUAAUCUUACAAGCUUCAACAUGACUAUUUCAAAAAUACUGAUUGCUGGAGGACAGGCGUAUCUCAGAAGAUCUUAUGCUACAGGAUCUAAACUCGUUGAAACUACACGAGAUAAUGAUACAGGGAUUGACAUCGUAUCUAUGGCAAGAGCACCUGUUAAUAGUUUAAAUACGGAGCUGUUAAGUGCAUUAAAAACAUCUUUAUUGGAAGCUCAAAACAAUCGCAGCAAAGGUGUCAUACUCACAUCGUCCUUGCCUUCAGCAGGAUUAGAUAUCACAGAAAUGUAUAAUACUGAUAAAAAGAGAGCUACUGAUUUUUGGAGCACGUUGCAAGACACUUGGUUAACUCUUUAUAGUCUGAAUAUUCCUGUUGCUGCUGCUAUUAAUGGUUCUAGUCCUGCUGGAGGGUGUCUGUUGGCUAUAUCUACAGAAUAUAGAGUCUUCGUUGAAGGUAAACAUACUAUAGGUUUGAACGAAACACAAUUGGGAAUAGCUGCUCCUAAAUGGUUUAUGGAUCCUUUUAUUUCACUGGUGGGCUAUCGACAAACCGAAUUAGCACUUUUAAGAGGGUUAUUAUUUAAACCUGAAGAAGCAUUGCAAAUUAAUCUCGUGGACGAACUCGCUAAAGAUAAGGCCGAUGCGAUUGAAAAAUGCAAAAAUUACAUAUUAUCAUAUAAUAAUAUACCAAGUAUAGGGAGGACUGCAACUAAGCUGGCAAUACGAAACGAUUUAAUUCAGUGGAUGAAAGAAAAUAAAGAAGCUGAUAUUAACAAAUUCAUAGGAUAUAUAAUGUUACCGAAAGUACAAGCUGGUCUUAAACUUUAUAUUGAAUAUUUAAAGCAAAAACAGUAAUUAAUAUCUCUAUGAGAGACAAUAUUCUUGUUUUAUACAUCUUGCAAUUGUUCCAUACACAUGCAUGUAAAAAAUAUAUUAUUGCAUAUUCUUGCAAUUAACUUCUAUGUCAAGAAGCUCAUAAUGCAACUAUAUUUUUGAAAAACAUAUUUGAUACAAAAAUUGUUUAUAUAUAUACAUAUAUGAAAUUUUUUUAUAUACUUUUAUAUUAUAUAAAAUGUUUUGUCAGAAUAUAUAUUUUAACAAAUGUGUGACAGUUAUUUUAUUUUCCGAAUUUUAUUGUGUACUACUGAAAUAGACAGAAUGUUGUAACAUA